AUUUUUCUAUUGAUUGAUUUUUUUCCCCUUACUUUUGUGUUUCUUUUUGCAUGUCUGGUAAUACUGAUUGGAUGUCAGACAUUGUAAACUUAACCUUGAUGAGUGCUGGAUAUUUUUAGUUUACUAUAAAUACUCUAGUGCUUUGUUCUGGGACCCUUUGUUCUUGGAAAUGGUUUAAUCGUUUGGGGGCUGGCUUUUAAGAUUUGUUAGGUAAGACCAAAGUCGCAUUUGCCCUAGAGCUAAUUUUGCCCUGCUACUGAAGCAAAACCAUUUGAAACAUGAAUGAUGGAGUUUUCCAGUCUGGGUACCAUGAUGAGGCACUAUUCCUGGUCCUGUAUAAUCACCAAGUAAUUUUCCGCUCUACCAUGUGGAAACAGUAAUAAUUCCUGUGCGAGCUUUUGUUACUUUUUUCUUUCUUUCUAUAUAUGGUUCUUCCCGGGCCUUGGGUAGCUUACUGACACACAUGAAAACUGGAAUGAGAUCUUCUGCAGAUUUCCAUAGCUCCCUGUGUAGCUCUCUCUUCUCUGGUAUUCUACUCCCAGCUCCAGCCUCCUUGGCCUCCCUGGUCUCCCAGUUCUACGACUUCAAUCAGGGGAGUCUAAUAAGCUCUUCCUGGACUCCUCCUAUUAGUAGGGCAGCCUAGCAACUCUUUCUAGGUAGUAAACGAAGGUAAUCAUAGAGCUCACUUCAUUGAGUUUUACUCUCUUAUAGACUACUGUCCAGCACUGCUACGUGAUGUUCAAUAUUAAAGAGCCAUUGUUUUAUAUUUGCUUGUUUUUGUUUUUAGUUGUUUUAGGCAAGACAGUAAAUUUAGUCCUUUGCUCUAUCUUGGCUAGCUAGAUUAAAUUACUAUAAAUUAUUGUUGCUCUGUUGAUAAAAUAGAUUGCAGAGGGUGUCACCUGUUUCCAAAACGAUUCUCAUUAGGUAACCUGGAACAGCUAGCAUUGUAAUGCACAGCUCCUGCAAUCCAUGGGUGUUGCAGAAGAACUGCCUACAAAUGUACUGCAGGAAAGACGAUGGAAUUUUCCCCUGUGGCUUACAUUUUAAAAUUCCUGUGAUAUGUGCUCUAGUUCAUUUAUUGUUACUUUCUCUUUAGCAGUGGUUUCAAACUCUAAGACUCUCUGCUUCUCUCUUCUGUUUUUUAUUUUUUUUCCCUGUGCAAGGGGCCAAUAAUCUAUAGAACUGGAUUAUUUCUAAAGAGGAGAUCCAUUGUGUUUGGGGAUGUAUUUAUAAACAGAAGUAGAAAGUUCAGGAGAAGGAAUUCUUGCUUUUCUUGUUUCUCAGCUGCAACAUGUAUUUAUGGAGUGCUUACUACAACAGCAUACUGUGGUGUUAACUAGGAGACUGAGACAAGUGACUGACAUGAUGAGUCUGUAAUCUUGUAGAAGACUGAUAAAAAUUGAGAAAGACCCAAGGUGUGGUACCGUAGACAAUCUGAGAAGAUUUCAGAGGAGAGUGUGAUUAUUGAGGGCCAGAGAAGUUGGGGAGGCUUAAAACUAGUUUAGGAAAGCACUGUAAAAUUUUAGGGAGUGGUAUAGAAGAAUUAGGAGGACAAGUGCCGAUGGCUUGUCUCAAGACAAUCAGAGAAGGGGCUCCUGCCGGAAAAGAGUGGGAAUUGUAGAGGCCUCUCUGUGGAGGCUAUAUAUGCCUGGUGCAGGCAUUUAAUCUACGAGGGAGUAUGGAUGUUUUUUGAUUGGGGGGGACAUACAGGAAUAUUUGUACUGAAUAGGGGAUUAUGAUUAGUAUGUGCAGGAGGUACAAGAACUGGUGGCAGAGCCUUGAAGGUAGAGGCUAUGUCUUACUCCUAUUCGUAUUCUCAGAUCCUAAUUCAUACUUAAUGCUUGUUGCUUGAGUGCACAUAAAAGUUUAUCUUUUUUCUUGUAAAUUCUAAUACUCUUGAUAACCACUGGCCUUGUCAAUGGCAUGACAAAUAUUGUGAAAGAACCUUUUCAUGCCCAGUGUUGUUUUGUUUGAAGGGCUAGAGGUUUACCAAUUUUGAUUCUUUCAAGCCCUCCCCCUUUUUAAUUUUUUAGCUGUAAAUUAGAAAAUCAUAGUUGUAUAUAUUUAGUGGGUAUAACUAGAUGUUGUAAUUUAUGAAUACAAGGUGGGAUAAUUAAGUCAAGCUAAUUAACAUAUCUACCACCUCAAAUACUUAUUUCUUGUGUACUCUUAGCUAUUUUGAAAUGCAAAAUACAUUAUUAUCAAUAAUCGCCAUGCUGUGCAAUACACAGGGAUGCACCAAAUAUAUGUAUACACGUUUUAAGAAAGAAAACUAUUACAUGUGAGUUGUUAAUAUGCAACUCACAUUUGACUUCUGCAAUUACAAGAGGUGCUCAAAUGUGACUUGUAUUUCAUCAUUUAUGCGUAUUAUUGAGUAUUAAGAUGUUAAGGCCAUUUUUUCCUUUCUUAAAAUGUGUAUACGUUAUUUUGGCAUGUUCUGUAUUUCAAAGAAAAAAAAAACACCCUUAUUCCUCAAUGAAACCCAAUUCUAGUCUAAUUGAAGCUUUGUAUUCUCUAAGCCUGAUUUGCGUCUUUUUUCAUUCCUCAUUUUCCUAUUUAAAGGGCAGGAACUCAGGCAUUGUUACAGAAAUUAUACAACAUAGGCACUUGCAAUCCCUGUUUGGUCCAUCUGCAGAGACUGAAUGAUUCUGCAGAGUCUUAAAAAUCUAAUACAACGACAGCCCAUUCCCACACUCCCAACAGAGCCUGGCAGAGAUACAGGCUCCCUGAUAACGUGAGUUCACACAAGGCAGACUGAGUACGCGCACGCACGCGCACGCAUCGCCCAGGCAGCGUAACCAUUCGUUUAGGCACUCACACACCAACCUUAGCCCCGCACACACUCGCGUGCACACCCGCGGCCGCCCCAGGUCACCAGGCCAGCCCCCGUCGCCGAUCCGGAGCCGCUCCGGCGGCCGUGACGUCACUCCGCGCGCCGCUGCGUCAUCAGGCUGCGCCAGCGCAGCAGGCGCCGGCCGGGACUUGAAGUGCCGGCACCUGCCGCAGCCGAAGCUGGAGCGGUGGGGUGCGAACUGCCGGGGCGGGUGCGGGCUGCGGGAGGCUGCUCCGGCCGGGGGCGCCGGGACAGGUGCGUGAACCUGGCGCGACUCCUGCAAGUUGCCUGGGCCAUCGUGUUGCCCUUUCCCCCUUCCCCGAGCUCCGGCGUUGCUCCGAGAAAUGGGCCGGGCUCGUGCAGGGGUGGGGGUCGGGAUUGUUCUCUGGGGGGGAGAUCAGGCUACCACGUGGGUUCCUCCGGACAGGAGGGAGUCCUUACCGACCCAUUCCUCUAAGCACCCGAAGGGACGGAGGCGCUGCUAGCCAGCCCGCCCGGGUCCGCGGGAGCAUCGGGGCAGCUGGUGUGCGCUGAGAGCAGCCGGUGCUGGGGAAUAAUCCAAUGACAGCAGCUACCAUUGAUAGGACUGAGCAUUCACCGUGUGUCACACAUUGUGCUAGACUCUUUAUGGUAUCAUUCACACCUCCCUGCAACCCAGAACUAUCAUGCUAUGUCCGUUUUCAGAUGGGGAAACCGAGGCAUACAAGUUCACUAUCUGUGAAAAACAAUGGGGGAUUUAAAUGUCAAAGCUGGCCGUUCUGCCUCUGUCCCUUACAGGUCCCAAAAUCUGCUAUCCUUAGCCGGGGUUGCCAGGUGCCAAGGGGGAUUUUUUUUUUUUUUUAAACGCUUCUUGACCUUAGGCAAACUCCAGGGACGGAGGAGGAGCAAAACGUGGACUUCGUAUUGGCACAGGUCUCUUUCCUCGUCUCAUCCCUUCAUCACUUCCUUUUCUCAGGCUGCAGCGGGUUCCCACUGUUCUAUGGACAUUCUGCCCCCGAAACUGACAGCUGAGGACUGAAGUUUUGUAACAGAAGAACUGUCAUCCCAGCACAUGAUUUGGGAGUUAUACGUUGUGACAUGGAUGAAUCUGCACUGACCCUUGGCACAAUAGAUGUUUCUUAUCUGCCAAAUUCAUCAGAGUACAGUGUUGGUCGAUGUAAACACACAAGUGAGGAAUGGGGUGAGUGUGGGUUUAGCCCUACCGUCUUCAGAUCUGCCACUUUAAAAUGGAAAGAAAGCCUCAUGAGCAGGAAGAGGCCGUUUGUUGGAAGAUGCUGUUAUUCCUGCACUCCCCAGAGCUGGGAUAAAUUUUUCAACCCCAGUAUCCCGUCUUUGGGUUUGCGGAAUGUUAUUUAUAUCAAUGAAACUCACACAAGGCACCGGGGAUGGCUUGCAAGACGACUUUCCUAUGUUCUUUUUGUUCAAGAGCGAGAUGUCCAUAAGGGCAUGUUUGCCACCAAUGUGGCUGAAAAUGUGCUGAACAGCAGUAGAGUACAAGAGGCAAUUGCACAGGUGGCCGCUGAAUUAAAUCCUGACGGUUCUACCCAGCAGCAAUCAAAAGCCAUCAAUAAAGUGAAAAAGAAAGCCAAAAGGAUCCUUCAAGAAAUGGUUGCCACUGUCUCACCAUCGAUGAUCAGACUGACUGGGUGGGUGCUGCUAAAACUGUUCAACAGCUUCUUUUGGAACAUUCAGAUUCACAAGGGUCAACUUGAAAUGGUUAAAGCUGCAACCGAGACGAAUUUGCCGCUUAUAUUCCUGCCAGUUCAUAGAUCCCACAUCGACUAUCUGCUGCUCACCUUCAUCCUCUUCUGCCAUAACAUCAAAGCGCCAUACAUCGCCUCAGGCAACAACCUCAACAUUCCAAUCUUCAGUACCUUGAUCCAUAAGCUUGGGGGCUUUUUCAUACGACGGAGGCUCGAUGAAACACCAGAUGGACGGAAAGAUAUUCUCUAUAGAGCUUUGCUUAAUGGGCAUAUAGUCGAACUACUUCGACAGCAGCAAUUUUUGGAGAUUUUCCUGGAAGGCACACGCUCUAGGAGUGGGAAAACCUCCUGUGCUCGGGCGGGCCUGUUGUCAGUUGUGGUGGACACCCUGUCCACCAACACCAUCCCUGACAUCUUGGUGAUACCUGUUGGAAUCUCCUAUGAUCGGAUUAUUGAAGGUCACUACAACGGUGAACAGCUGGGCAAACCUAAGAAGAAUGAGAGCCUCUGGAGUGUAGCAAGAGGCGUUAUUAGAAUGCUACGAAAAAACUAUGGGUGUGUCAGAGUGGACUUUGCACAGCCGUUUUCUUUAAAGGAAUAUUUAGAAAGCCAAAGUCAGAAACCCGUGUCUGCUCCACUGUCUCUGGAGCAAGCGUUAUUACCAGCUAUACUUCCUUCCAGACCCACUGAUGCUGCUGAUGAAGGGAGAGACACAACCAUUAAUGAGUCCAGAAACGCAACAGAUGAAUCUCUGCGAAGAAGGCUGAUUGCAAAUCUGGCCGAGCAUAUUCUGUUCACUGCUAGCAAGUCAUGUGCCAUCAUGUCCACGCACAUCGUGGCCUGCCUGCUGCUCUACAGACACAGGCAGGGGAUUGAUCUCUCCACCUUAGUGGAAGACUUCUUUGUGAUGAAGGAGGAAGUCCUGGCUCGUGACUUUGACCUGGGGUUCUCAGGAAAUUCAGAAGAUGUCGUCAUGCAUGCCAUACAGCUACUGGGAAACUGUGUCACCAUCACCCACACGAGUAGAAAUGAUGAGUUUUUUAUUACUCCCAGCACAACUGUCCCGUCAGUCUUUGAACUCAACUUCUACAGCAAUGGGGUCCUCCAUGUCUUUAUCAUGGAGGCCAUUAUAGCUUGCAGCCUUUACGCAGUUCUGAACAAGAGGGGUUUGGGAGGCCCUGCUGGAGGCGCCCCCAGCUUGAUCAGCCAGGAGCAGCUGGUACGGAAGGCAGCCAGCCUGUGCUAUCUGCUCUCCAACGAAGGCACCAUCUCGCUGCCCUGCCAGACAUUUUACCAGGUUUGCCACGAGACCGUGGGGAAGUUUAUCCAGUACGGCAUCCUCACGGUGGCAGAGCAAGAUGACCAGGAAGACAUCAGUCCUGGUCUUGCUGAGCAGCAGUGGGAUAAGAAGCUUCCUGAACCCUUGUCUUGGAGAAGUGAUGAAGAAGAUGAAGAUAGUGAUUUCGGUGAGGAGCAGCGUGAUUGCUACCUGAAGGUGAGCCAAUCCAAGGAGCACCAGCAGUUCAUCACCUUCUUACAGAGACUCCUUGGGCCCUUGCUGGAGGCCUACAGCUCUGCCGCCAUCUUUGUUCACAACUUCAGUGGUCCAGUUCCAGAACCUGAAUAUCUGCAAAAGUUGCACAAAUAUCUAAUAACCAGAACAGAGAGAAACGUGGCAGUAUAUGCUGAAAGUGCCACGUACUGUCUUGUGAAGAAUGCUGUGAAAAUGUUUAAGGACAUUGGAGUUUUCAAAGAGACCAAACAAAAGAGAGUAUCUGUUUUAGAACUAAGCAGCACUUUUAUACCUCAGUGCAACCGGCAGAAACUCCUAGAAUAUAUUCUGAGUUUUGUGGUGCUGUAGAUGGUGUGCCGCACCCCUGGAAGUGAAGGACAUGAGAUGAGUCCCUCGUAGGCUCCAGCCUCUGGCUUGAGAGUUGAAGGUGCCGUCGCAGGGUCAGGCCUGCCCUGUCCUGAGCUGAUUUCCUGGAAGACAAGUGCCUUCUCCCUUCCGUGGAUCUGUAAAACUUUCCCAACUCUGAGAUGACACAGCAGCCUACAGAUAACACCUGGGGGGAAACUCAGCCUCUAUUUGCAACUCACAAUCAGUAGGUUAUGAGAUGAAAUCUCAAUAAAUUAUUUUGAAGUUUAUUAAAGAUUUACAUUUUAAGUACAACUUUUAAGGACUAAUUACUGUGACAGACACAGAAAUGUAGUUGUAUUCUAGAAUUGAAUCUUGUAUGCUGUACUUGAUGCUGUCAGGUAAUUCAUUGGUAUAUCUUCUGAUUCAUGAGUGAUGCUUCCUUUAAAAACAAUCAAGUCAUCUAGCCACUCUUUUUCAGUUUUAUCUUUGUCAGUAGUAGCUAAUUUUUAAAUGGGAGCACCUUCCACUCCUAAGUGCUUUAUAAAUGAAUGGCUGAUAUUCAUCCUACCCAGGUAUCACUGUGCUGUCCUUUGCAGGCAGAUUUAGAAAGCAUUUCUAAGAGCUACAUGAAAACAGACAAUAUUAGUUUAGGUCAGGAAUUGAGAUACUGUGAUCAAACAGCUAAAUAGGAAGGUAAUUUGGCUGGCAAAUUCUAAACUUGGCCAGAGAACUUGGCAUUAAAAGCUUAUGCUCAUGUAAAAAAGUGCCAUUGAGUUAAAUGACCAGCAAGUAUUUAAAACCUCCUCCUGUUUUAGAUUUAUACCCCUUCUUACCCCUCUGGUGGAACCUGCCUCUCACAGGGACAGCUGUUUCUUCAAAAUCCUCUGACCCAUUAGCAACUGUCCCAACUGGAUUAGUGUGGCCCAAUGGACUCCGUUAGCAUGUGGUGCUCUGGCUAUGGACCCCUGACCCAGGGCUUCCAUGUACUGUAGGCACGUCGCACGCUGAACCCCUCCCUGUCGGGGUGACACGUGCCCACUGGAGUUGUGCUGUGUACAACCUGUGACAUAUACAUGGCGGCCCUACUGACUGGUGAUGGCCAGAGGCAUUUAUGGAUUUUUAGCUUUGCGGAAAAACCAUGGUUCUUUAAAAAUAUUUAUGGGCUAUAUACCUAAACCCUUACGCCCCAUAGGGGCAAAUAAUUAUGAAAAAUUGUAUGUUCAUGAUGGGUCGGUGCCUUUUCGUGAGCAGGGAGCGUAGUUGUUAGUUAAUUGUGGUAAUUAUGGUGAUUUCUUAAAGAUCAUGUAGUUAAAAUAUUUUCUAACAAUUUACUGUCCCCUAUUUCAAUGAUAUUAUGGAAUUAGGAAUUUUUCCAGAUGAGUGUUGCAUAGAUUCCUUGAAUUUAGUAUAAAAGUACUGAGAAUUAAGUUUGUACUUUGAUAAACUUGGAUUUUAAACACUAAUAGUAUCUAGUGAAUAAGAAAUGUGUUUUGGGAGGGGAAGGGACACUAAUUGAUAUUUCACAUUGGAGGAAAUAUCUUGUUUGAAACUCAUAGCAAUAAUGCUAUGCCAUUGUGAGCCUUUUUUACCCUUCCCAAAUUCUGCAUUUAAAAUGUCUGUCUUUGUCCUUAUAGGAACUCAUGUCCCUUUAAGUCACUGUCAGUUUUGGGGGCUCCCGUGUGGGGUGAGAUCAUCUUUCAGCAUUCCAUUUUACUAACUGGGGUAGAGGACCACUUCUUUGUCCUUGCUGCAUUUGGGGGAUACCCAGGGAGUCUUAUUUAGUCCCCUGGGUGUUCCUUAUUGGGGAUUAAGCAUUUCACCCUCUAGAUUGCAGAUCCAGGGUUCCUCAGAGUCUCAGCUGGAAAGUCAAGGCUGGCAGUGACUUCCGGUGGACACCGCUGCCCUGCCCGCACUCCUCCAGGAGCUGCUGCUUUGCCAGCCUGGGCAGAGACCCUAGGGCUUCUCUUUCUUUAUUUUCCAUCUUGGUUGGUUUGUUUUCCAGAAAUUCAAUCAGAUGCUUUGGGGAAUGCAAUAUAUGAUUUGCUAGCUCUCUCGCCACUUAACUCACUGUGAGUAUAAAUAUGCAUGCUUUUUGUAAUUAACUGGUGCUUUGAAAAUCUUUUUUAAGGAAGAAAAACCUCAACCAAAGUUAUGCUAAUCCAGACAAGCUGACCUUUGAGUUAAUUUCAGCACAACUCAUCCUUCAGUGCCUCAUGACUGAAAAAAAAAAAUGCGUCAUCACAAUAAGGCUUCCAAAUAGCGCUGUUUUGCUAAAAGACAUAUUCUCUUUGUUUUCCAACAGCAAUGGCUUCCAUGUAAGGUGAAAGAAACUAGGUGCUUGUAAAUAAUUUAUUACAGUUUACUCUGUUGCAUUUCUGUACAAUGAAAUGCAUGCCCUCCAGGGAAGACUGUGAGUCAUGUUAAAAAA